AUGGUUUCCGAAGCUGUUCGAUAUGUCCAGGAAAUUUCGAAAAAAACUUUACUUAAAGCAAAAAAAUAAAAAAAUUUAUAUAAAAAAACAGUUACAAUAACAAUGUCGCUACGAACAAAACAAAACAUAAAGACAAACCAAAAACAAAAAAGAACGCAGGGAGUAGUUUUAAUAAACCGUUGCGAUGGUAUCAUUUUACGCUGAACGGGACCAGAAGGGCAGGAAUUCCCGUCAUUGAAAAGCAGGCUCCUGCAAUUGAAAAAGAUUGCUGGAAGUCGCUUCAACCACAGAAAACUACCUCAUUCUAAUAUUUUAUUAAUUUCAGAGUACAGGUGUCAGAUUGAAAAAAAGUUUUUUUUUCAUUUCAUAGAAACCCGAUAAUAUUCAAAGCAAAGCAAAAUUUUUAUCUGAAUCUUAUCUUCCUUAAAUAAUUCUCCGAUUUUUCAACUACAAAUAUUUCAGUGCGAAAAUUUUUAGAACUAACCGAUAGGAUUCAGUUCACAGUGCAGAAAAACGUUGUGGCCGAAGGCCUGACGGUUCAUCUUUUUAAAGACGUUGAAGACGUCGAAGAUAUCUUCAUCAGCUGCAGCACAUCGCCGCCAGCUCCGAUGGUACGGCUUGACUGGUUUUUUUUUUCUCAGGUGUGAGAGGACGGGGGUUCUGUCCUCCUCAGCGGCAGCACAUCGCCGCCAGCUCCGAUGCUACGGCUCGACUGCUCAUGCUUUUAGAGGCUUAGAAAACGUCGAGGAUGUCGACGUCAUCGACUCCGAGCACAUGGCAGCUAGUUCAGUUUCUCGGCCUAUUGACGACGUCGAAGAUAUCUUCAUCAGCUGCAGCACAUCGCCGCCAGCUCCGAUGUUACGGCUUGACUGCUCAUGCUUUUAG